GAUGUCAUCGUUUCAUUAUGUUUAAAUAGAUUAAAAUGACUUCAAAUUUAUCUGAUUUAGUUUUACCAGGAGAUAUAAUAAGUGAUAUAAAAUCUAUUAGAGGAGUUACAGUCAUAGGACCAGGUUUAAGACAAAAUGAAGAAAAGCCCAACACAUUAUGUGUAAGUCAAGCUGGUAAACUGUGUUUUAAGGAACCUAAUAUGUAUUGGAUUGAGGGUAAAAGACAUCGUUAUAUUCCCAAAAAAGGGGAUUUGGUAGUUGGUGUAGUAGUUAAAAAAAUGGGAGAUACUUUGAAGGUAGAUAUUGGCAGUGCAGAAUAUGCUUCCUUGUCAAUGUUAGCAUUUGAAGGGGCUACAAAAAAACAGAAACCAGAUGUACAAGUUGGAAAUGUUGUUUAUGCAAAAUUAUUGAAUGCUCACCGUGAAAUGGAACCAGAAUUAGUUUGUAUCGACUCGUACUUUAAAGCUGGAAAGUUGGGAAUUUUACCAAAUGAUGGAUUUUUAAUUAAUAUAAGUUUAAACCUGGUACAAAGAUUGUUAAAUAUUAAUAAUCCUUUAUUAAGGACAAUGGGGAAAAAAAUACCCUAUGAGAUAGUUUUGGGUGUCAAUGGGAAAAUGUGGUUAAAUGCAAAAAAACCAAAAGACAUUAUUUCUUUAAUAGGAUGUUUUGAAAUGGCUGAAACACAAACUGAUCAAGCUAUUUCCGAUGUUUGUAAACAAAUCAAAUAAUUACGUAGGUACCUACUAAGAAAUAAAUUGAUUUUGUCAUAAUUUGUACUUUUUUGUGCAAUAUAAAAA